AUGUUGUUCACACGAGACUGUUUAGUGUACGAUGGUUCUGGGCAGUCUCGUAGGUAUUUUCAUGUGGUACUGAAGAUUGUUAAUAUUUAUAAGACAUGUGAUUAUGACAGAAUGUCAUCUGUAAAAGAAGAUAGUAAGGAUAUUGAAAACUUAAAAGAAGAUAGUAAACAAUUAAAUGAUGAAAGAAAUUCUCAUAAUGAUAUUUGUGCUCACUCUGAUAAAAAUGUUAAGAAAGAUUCGUUUGAUUCAUGUCUAACAGAUUCUCAUUCCGAAGCAAUUGCUCAAGAUUGUAACAACAAAGAACAAAAUUCUUUUGAUAUUGGUAAAAGCUGUAUUCAAAAUACUGUGAUUAAAUCCGAAGAAAAUGGUGCACACUCCAAAACUGAGAAACGACGGAACGUUUCAUUGUUAAGGAAUGAACCGCCACCUUUGAUUCAUUAUUUACAAGACAAAGAGGCACCUAAAAUAGAUGAUGACAAUAGUCCACCUCAACUUCUACCAGAAGUAAUAGUAACGAGAACGAAGCUUCAUAGAGAAAAAUCUCAAACAUUCAAAAGUCAAUCUGAAAAUUCUUUUAAAGUUUCUAUUGCUAGAAAUUUACAGAAAAGCAGACGCAAGUUGUGGAUGAAAUAUAGUAGUAGUUUGUCAGAUGACCAAACAUCCAAUGAAUCUCAUGAACAUUUUUUAUCAUAUGCAGAUAUAUCUCAAUGCAGUUCAACUGGUUCUGGAAUAUUAAAGAAGGGAACUGCAAGUGCUCUAGAAAAACAGAAAAAGUCAAAACAGUCUAAUCAUUGCGAAAAGUCACAGAGAAUGGGAAUAUCACCUGAAGCAGCAAGAACUUUACCUAAAUUCCCAUCCUGUAAUGGAACCAAUUGUUUCAGUUCUGAUGGGGAGCCCCAGGAAAGAACUGUUGAAAAAUGCAGACCUGCCAGUUCAGAGAGUGGAGUAGAGGAAUUUGAAAGGGAGUGUUCCAUUGAUCUCGGGAAUGAGAUAGACUAUGAAAGUUGGUUGACAGAAACUGAAGAUGAAGAGGAAGAUGAUGCUAUAUUUGUGGUUCCACCUCAAAUCAGUACUGGGAAAGAGGAAAGAGACAGAAUCGAUGGUAUUGAAUUCCUUGGAUUUGAAACUGAGCAUGACAUGGUGGAGUUUACUAAAAUUGAGUUAGAUUAUAGAGGGGAAUGUCAACAAAAUGAUGAGAAUAUCACACACAGUGAUGAUGGAUUAGAUAUGAUGGAUGAUUCUUUUAACUAUAGUGAACCAGAAGCUCAUUCAGCUUCACAAGCCAUCAUUCCUACAAAAACAAAAGACAUAACAAAAAUUAAGGGUUGGAGAACAAAAACUUUUGCUAUUAAUAAUAAUCCAUCAGAAGGCCAAUGUAGCAGUAGCAGUAUUGGUCCAUAUGAAGAUGACGAUGGAUUUGUAAGUUGUGAUAUUAAAAUAGAAGAAGAUGCAAGUCUAGACUUGGAAGAACAAGGAGAUUUAUGGAGUGGAGGAGAACAGGAUUUGUUUGUGCAUGAUGCUCAUCUUCCCAUUGAAAGUUACUCUGUAGAAUCAGUUAAAAAAGAGUUUCCUUCCUCAAUCAAGACAGAAAGAAAAUCAGUAGAAGGUGAUGAAACCUUUUCUGGUUUUGAAGAUCACACACAUAACAUAAAAAAUAAUGUAUUAUUUGAAAAUCUUACUUAUGGAACUGGAAGGUACCCAAAACGAAUGUCAACAACUCUUAGCAAGGUCACUUCUCCAAUUAAAAAAGAGGUAGAUCACAUUCCAUCUGACUUACCUUAUAAAGUUCCAAAGAAGCGUGGAAGGAAGCCUAAAACAAUAGCUGAAAAGCGAUUAAUGUUACAGUUAGCGAAUCAAUACAAAAGACGAAGGAAAAGAGGGCGCCCUAAAGGAAGUGGCAAAAAGUCUAAUAACCUGUUCAAGCAACAGAGAGACUCCAAUGUCAGUGAAGUGGUUUAUAAUUUAAGAAACAAAUUGAAAAGAGGGGAGCAUAUUUUAGACAAAAAUAAUGGUUUAAAUUCUUCAGUUGAAGCAAACAACAAUAUCAGAAACAUGGAAAUCACUGAGAAAAAGUAUCCUGAAAUGGAGCACUUAAAUGAUAAGGGAGUAGAAUCCAUUAAAAAUAAAAUUAACAGCAAGCUACAAUCUGGGCAGAGAAGAUACUUACUUUCAACAGAAAUGAACAUACAAGAUGAAGAUUCUCCCACAUAUUUUUCGUAUUUGAAAAACUCAUUGGAAGAAAAAAGUGGAAUUAUUGAUAGUUCCAAAAAAAUAUUGAAGGAAAAUGCACUAAUCACUUCAAACAUUACACCUAUUAGCACUAGCGACACUUUGACAACUUCUAGUACUGCUACUUCUUUGCCUGUUUCCAAGUCUUCCUGCUCAGUAUCAUUAAUCUGCCCUUCAAAGAAAAUAAACUCUAUUUUUGACUCCCCUACAAGUGAAAUUAGCAAUGCAUCAACUCUAGGUCCUUCUGGUGGUCUUUCCAGUACUAAUACCAAAAGCUUAAUACCCUCAUCCUCUGGGGCCAUCACAACUACCACCAACUCUGUGGCCAUCACAACUGCUGAAUUGCCAACUACUUCAAAUGGUAGCAAAGCUAAUAAUUGGAAAAAUAUUAAUGAGAAUGACAAAAUUAAACAAUCACACCCUUGUAACAUUAGUUUAGUGGACAGAUCAUUGGAUAAAUCUUUUGAAUAUGGUCUGAUUUUAUCCACUGGUGUUCGAAGACCUUUAGUUACUCUUGCUAUGGAUCAGUUGAAGACCUUACGAGAGAAUAAUCAUCAUGUUGAUGAACACUGGGCAAAAUUUGCAGCAUCAAUUGUUGUAACUAAAACUACGAAGACACCUCUCCAAUCAAAUACUGUAAUUCUCCCAGUUCGAGCUCUUCGUCUUCCCUUCAUGUCUUUCACACAAAAACCUGUUUCAAAGGAUCCUUAUCAACCAUUUAGUGCGAUUACCAGACCUCAAAGUAUCAUUCCAAAAUUUGACCCAAUGACUGGUACUUCAGUGCGUGUUCGGUGUCCAAGACCUCUUACGCAAAUAGGUGUGAGAACAAUACCAAGUAUUUUUAAACGUCAAAAUUUGGAACAUGAUUACCACAUCUUGGGAGUUAAAAGGCCUAGAAAAUCUACAAUUGUUGACAAUGAUCAGAACAAUGUUGGCAGUGGAACAAAUAGUUUCUUGAAGAAUGAAAUUGAAGAUGAUGUAAGGAAAGUGGUUGAAGACCUUGUGGAUUAUGUUGAACGUCGUGAAGCAAGAGACCUGGUCAUUCAUGAAGAACCCCGUUCCCAUUCUUUAGCCAGUGAAUCUUCAAAUGUAAAUGAAAAUAUUGUGCUGAAAAGAAAGAAAGGUCCAAUGAUUAGGGAGCUGACAAGAUUGGAUGUUAAUGUUAUAGAAAUGUGGGAUGCUAGAAAUCAAAAAUGUACUGAAGAAUAUUGUAAGUUAGGAUGCGUUUGUGAGAGUCUCGAAUGUUGUAAGCCUGCUAUACAACAACACUGUGGUAAAGAAGAAUGUAUGUUUACUUGUGAGUGUGAACCAAAGAGUUAUAAAAGAGGAGAUAGUAGGCAGCAUACUUUACUUUCUCCCUUAACAUUACUUACAAUCCCACAGCAGAAUCGCCGUAUAUUGGCAAAAGAAGAGAAAGAAUUCCAGCAAACUGUUAUACGUGCAAAACAUGAAACAAUUGUUGUUGGUAGUAGUGGUAGUAGUAGACGCAAAAGGGAAAUUAAACUCCCAGGAAGAUAUAGAGAUUCCUAUGUUGCUCUGGGAAAGGACUAUGGUCUAGUUGAUUUUAAAAUUUCUUCGGAUGAAAAUAUUGAUCCGUCUGCACGACGAUUGACAAGGAUUGCUGUUGUCAACAAUCGUGAAUUAAUUCAGGGUAUUCCUCCUAAAACUGGUUCUGGAGUAACAAAGGUGCCUUGGGAAGUAAAAGUAUCAGAAAUGAAAUUGCAAUACGGACUAAAGGAAUGUUAUGUAAAGUUAAAAAGAAGUGAUUGUGCCUUGACAAUUGCUCAUAAAAAAGAAAAGGAGAUGCAUUUAGAAACUUCAAGAGACAAAGAGCAAACUAAAACUAAUUCACAGAUGUUAGAAGAAAAAUCACGAAAUAUGGCAGUUAAGAGCACUACACUUCUUCCUAAUGUUUGGUAUGAUCCAAAAUACUUUGCAGCUCGUACAGCUCCCAUCAAUACCAAAUUAUUAAAAAGAUACAGACAUAAUAGUUCUAGUGUGAAUCAAAACCACUUGUUAGUUACUAGUAAUUCAAUUGCUUCUACCAUUCCAUCUCCUCCUGCAGAAGUGCCCCCAAAUUUUUCAUGUUUAAGUCAAAAUAUCAACAUACCUUCCACCUCAGAUUUUAUGCUCGAUGAUGGUUCGUUAAGUUUUGGGAAAAUAGAAAGUGUUACUACUCUCAGUGAAGAACAGUUUCAAAAAGGUGAUCUUACUUUUGGAAUUGAGCAAUUUCAAACUCACAGUGUGUCUGCAACAAUGGAUGAGAUGAAGGCAACUACGUCCGACAAAAAUGUUAAAGGCAAAACAAACACAAACAUCUCAAUUGAUAAAAUUGCCAAUCUCUUGAACAGAAAAAUACGGGAAUUAAAAGAAAAAGGUGGUAAUGUUUCCUUCCCCUCAGGAAACGAAGAAUCCAUUCACCUAUUGCAAUGGUCUGUGUUGAAAAGUUUGUUUCAGUCAAAAAGUAUUCAACUUUGGUACUAUAAUGGCGGAUCUAAAUUAGUCAUAACCUCUACUAAGUUACGACCAGAUCCUUCAUUUGUGAAUCUUAAUGAUGUAUCUGAACAACAAUAUAAGCAAUUACCUCCUAUCGUAUCGGACUUAUUCAAAUCUGAUGGUAAAAAAAAUAAACAAUUCCAUCGUGAUAUAUAUGCCCUUUUACAUUUUGAUGGGAAACAUGUUGAGUUGGUUGGCACUAUUUUCAAAAACCGAACCUCAUCAGAGGUAAGUCAUGGUGUUCCUCCAAAAAAUUUAAAAUUAGUUGAAUCAAAACCUGACCUGAAUAAAGAUAAAUUAUGUGUUAAGGCAACUGAAAAAAAAUCUAUUGUCGAUGUGCCAUCUUCACCCAGUUCAGAGAAAUGUUUCAUAUUGAAGAGAGCUGACUGUAAUUCACCUCCUAAGUCAAGUUUUACUAAUAAUAAUUGUUCUCAACAAGGAAAGUCUCAUUUGAUUAUAAAAUCAUCUAAUGCAAAUUUGCUGGGAUUUGUUGGUGAAAAUCAAACUGAAAAACAGAAACCUCUUUCAGUGGUAAAAUCCUCCAAUGUGAACAUGAAAUUUGUAGGGCAAUUUAAGCAAGGUCAGUCUCUGAAAGAAGAUCCUUUUUCAGAAAUGAAAUCGUGUUUUGAGAGUAUAUCAAUAGGACAUACAAAAACCACUGACCCUGAAAGACCUUUUUUGAACAAGUCUGCUAUAAAUCUCAAUUCUCAAAGAUAUUCUGAAAAAGAGAAACCUCAUUUAACAGUAAAUACGAAUGAAAAAUCUCCAAGGUAUGUAAAUGAAAGCCAUGAGGAGAAAGUGAAACCUCUUCUAAUAAUGAAAUCGUCUAAUUUAAACAAUUCUCCUACUGUGGUAAGAAAAAUAAAUGGAAAAGAAAAACAUUUGUCUAUAGUGACAUCAUUAAAUGAACAAGUGAGUUCACAAGAACUUGGUAGUCAGACACAUAGUGAAAAAGAAAAAUCCAUAUCAAAAAAUUAUAAUUUGAAUUCACCUGAGUCUAAGAGUCAAAUCCAUAUUGAGAAAGAGAGAAGUAAUUCUGCAACAAAAUUAUCUAUUUUAUGCCCUGAUCUACCAGAAUAUGUUAAACAAGUAGAAAAGUCUCCUACAUCAGUCAAGAAAUUGUCCAAUUUGAACUUGCAAUCAUUGUCUCCGAAUCAAAUAUCUAAAAUUAAUAAUUCAACAUGUUCUCAAAAUCAACUCUCUGUUUCUAAAUGCGAUGGUAAAUCAGGAACAAGAAUCAGAAAAUUGAAAACGAUUUGGCAAUCUACAAAAGUACAAACUGCUGAAGGUGAAAAUGUGCCAAUUCCUUUACCAUCAUGUGCAGGUGAUAGUCGAUGGUUUGUAUUGAAUGUGAGUAAGCCUUUUGAUGUGUUGCAUAUUACUUCUAAACACUGCUCAGCAAGAUACAAACAUAUUUCUGAAACAAUUAAGAUGGCAUCUAGUCACAAGAAAACUGUCCGUCUACCUCUCCAAGUUUCAAACAAGAACUUAGUCUGUGAUAAUCCCAAUCAGCCAAAAUUUGGUAUAUACGCUGUACCUCAUGUUUCUUCAUAUGUUUUCAUUGGUCCAUAUGGAAUAAAUGAAGAUCCAAGUAUUACAAAGUCUGUGCUUUGUGAUGGAAAAUACAGAACUUUAAUUGAUUUGGACGAUGAUGGAGAUGAACCACCAAUUACCGGUGAGAACUUGGGGCAGGAUUACUCUGAAAAGGUUGUUAGUAUAUUAAGAAAGCUUUGUAAACGACCUGUUGAAAAACAAAAGGAAAUACAUUCUUGGCUUUAUACCAAAAGAAACUGUGAAAAUGAAGCUUCUAAAGCUCAGAAAGAAAAUUCCUUACCCCAAAACAAUCCCAAAAUAUCAUCUGAAAAACCAAGUUGUAAUGAUAAUAAUAUUGGUCUAUUAAAAAUGGGCAUUUGUAACAAUAAUAUUCAUAAUAAUGAUGUGGAAGUGCAGGUGACAACUGUUGGUAAAGUAGCAAAUAGUGUAUAUAAAGACAAUGCUGAAAAAGAUAAAGAAAGAAGUGCAGAUAUGACGAAUGCAGAAAGUCAGUCAAAUGUGGCAAAACAAGAAAAUUCCAAUAAAAUAAAACAUAGAAUGGAUUCAUUUAAAGUCUCAGUAACUGGAAAAGUACCUCAAAUUCCUAGUUCAACCCAAAGUCAAGAAACAACAUUGAAGGAGAGCUCACCUAAGAGAAAAGCAGAUGAUGCUUGUGGAGAAAUUGCUAAGAAAUUAAGUGUCAACUUUAACAAAUCUUUAUCUUAUGAAACAAACAAUACUGACAAAUUUAACAGGAAUUCAAAAUUACCAAUUUCAUCUCAGCUGACAUCCACUCCAAAUCUAUCAUCUUCAACAAAAUCUCCUACAAAGAAGAAAUCACUUGCAUCUACCUCAUCAGCAUCAAAAAAACAGGUGUCCUCAUCGCCCAAAAAAAAGGGUCAUUCCAAGAAAACUUUGACUGAAGAUUCACAAAAAUCAUUGCAACCACAACCAGUUGCAGGGUGGUUGGUUCCUUCCUUUCCAUGGAUUGGGUGUAUUCCAUGCAACUAUGAAGGAGGAGGUGGUCUGUUUUUCUCUCACCCUGUGUCAGGAGUGAAAAUGAUGUUCAGUAACUUGGAGUCUACUCAGUUGUGGCUAGAUAGGCUUUUUCAGUCUGCUAUUCUCUACAUUCCAAAGCAGUUAUUUGUUACCUGGUCUCUUCAGACAAAUUUAGGAAAAGAUGGACUGAAGCAGUUUGAUUCUUCUCUUUUAAAUGGCAACUAUAUGAUGACUACAAAAGGUAUAUUUGAUAUUGAUAAGUUGGUUGCUACAGAUGCUGAAAGUUAUGGAUUAAAACCUAUUGAAGUACUAAGGCUCCAAGAUAAGAAAUGUCGUCGUGAUCUUGAACUUGGAUUGUAUCAGUUAAAACGAGCUUUGGAUGAUAAUGGAGCACUAAUAUCACCAAAUUCAUCAAAACAGGAUGUCAUAUUAAAAGCCAUCACUGAAAUACAGUCUUUACAGAGUAAUGCUCGAGAUUUGGAGAAAGAACAUAAGAAGUGGAAGAACUCAAAGCAUAAAUCCCUCUUAUAUCUCUACAAUAAGAUGAAAGGGCUUCCAAUAAAUAUAAAAAGGGACAUUGUUCAAAAACUAAAAAUUCAAUAUGAUCAAGCUGAAGACAAAAACCAAUCUCUUACAAGUGAUGUUAAAGAUCCAAAUGAUGGAUUAAAUUUCUCAAUGGCACGUUACUGUGGGGGUGCAGUGAUAUUUCCACACAAAUCAGAUGAUAGUGAUUUAGAAGAUUAUCUCUCAGAGUAUGAUGAAGAAGAUAUGGAAGACAGCUGUGAGGAUAUUACAAGCAAUAGGAAGAACAGUAGUUCUCCACUAGGAGAAUCUGAAAAACAAAGUGCUAAUGUAGAAACUACAAAAAACACAGUAGACAAAAAAAGAAAUUUGAAAACUUCAGAUGAUGAGUAUGAUGAUGUUGUUGAAGAUGACGAUGAGUCUGUGAGCAUAUCAGUUGUCACUUCUCAAAAUGUAACUGAGGUGAAAGAUAUUAUUAAUUCAGAUGAAAUAACAGUGACUUGUCUUAACUCCAGUGAUGUAAAGAAUUCUCUUUGUGUCUCAACAUCAAUGCAGAGCAGAGAUUCAUCGAUGAAUAAAAAUGAGAAUAUGGCUACAUCUAAUGCAAGUGUUCGAUCGCAGCCAAAGAUCACUUUGAAACCUCUAAGUGCUCUGACCAGUCCAGUUAAAGCUAUUACAGAAGAAGUUAAAAACUCUGCACCCUAUACUCUUGCUAUGAAGAGGAAGAUAACAGAAUCAAGUUAUGACACUGUUCCAGAACUUGCUAAAAAGAUGAAAGUACAUAUCCCAGGUGAGACUAGUCAACUUAAUUCAGGAUUUGAUGGUUUGCUUGUAAAAAAGUAUAAAACAAUCAAAAUAGAUUCAAGUGUUACUCAGGGCAACGAUUCUCAAACAAAGAAGGCUGCAGUUGGAAGCUUCACUGAAAGUACACAAGUCAGCUCUGCAUCUUCAAAAGUAACUAACCCGAAUACUUUGUUUGUUAACGUUGUUUCACCUACCCAAAGCAAAAUUGUUCCUUUACAUGUUGAGGAUAAAGUUAAAGGAUGUGUCCAAAACUUUGGAGCAGUACAUGUGCCCUCAAGUACUUCACUUCCAAAUCGCACUUUAAAAAUAAUUCAUAAGGAUAUGAAACCAGUGUAUGUCCAAGGACCUCGUAGAACUCUCCCGUUUUUAGUGACCAGCCAUACUUCUACUGCUGUGCCUACUUCUUGUAGUGUGUUGAGUUCUACUGCAGUUCAACCAUCUCUUCCUGUAUUAAGUGUAAAAAAAGUUUCAAAAGACAGCAUUCCACCUGGUGUGGAGCCUCGACCUGCCACUUUUCUUCCCCCUCCCCUGGUUCCUAUUACAGAUAAAAAGCAGAGCAAACUUCUUAAUGAGCACACCACACAACUCCUUACUGCAAUUGCUCCUCUGCCUACCCUUAUUAAAAUGGUUGAUGGAAUGCCAGCUGAGAAAGGAAGUUAAAAAUUGGGUGUAGUUCGAAUGGACUGGACGGGUUGAACGGUUUUGUUGGUUGAAUCAGAGAAUGUUGAGAAAGUACUAUUUGGUGGGUAAAACAUACCCCCCUCCAAGUUUCUUGCAGCUAAUGAAUCUCAAUCUUAUUUGGAAUUUUAUUUAUUUAUGCUUUGUAUUCAUUUAGUUGGACAUGGACCAGCAGAAACAUUUUUUAUCUGAAGUUUGUUAGUUAAUAUAAUUAUUUUCAAUAACCUUGAAUGAAAAUUGGUUAGCAAAUAUUAGAUUUGUAUUCUGUACUUUUGGUAGUGUUUGUUCUUUACUAUUCUCAGGUAACUUAUAAUGUUAUGUGCAAUGUUAUGAGAUCCUUUAUCUCAUUAUGUACUAUUAUGAACUUGUUAUUGUCAUUUAAUCAUUUGACAAUGUAAGGAAUUUAUAAUUCCAAGUCACAAGAAAGACUGUUUUGUAAAAUAUUUGUACAUAAUUUGUACAUACAAUGUAUACAAUUUCGUGAAGAAAUGAAAUUUUCUUUUAUGUAUCACAUAAUGAUCGCAUCAAAAUUUAAAGAAUGAUGUUUGUGUUAAGUUUUUAAAGUAAAUAUAUAAUUUAAAUCAUGUUAGUUUCACAUUUGUGGUAAAAAUAUUUUUCAAUAUUUAACUUUUUAAUGUAAAUUGUAAAAUAAAUAUUUAUGUUUCGCAUAUAAAAUUUGUUAAACUUAUUUUAAUUGUAAAUGUAAUUUGUAUAGCAGUUUCAGCAGUAGUUUAAAAAUUCUUAUGUCAACAUCUGAAGUUGUAUUUUUCAAAUACAAGUACACUUGUACAUGCCACAAUUGUGGUAUUCGCUCACUUUGCUGUAAUGUAAAUAAAAAAAAUCAUUGUACCUGACAAUAAGAGUAGUCAAGUCCCUCGAAAUGGUUUGAAAUGCUAGUGAAUCCCAUGUACUAUAUUUGUGUAACAUUCCUGGUUUCAUGCCAAACACUUAUCCUAUAAUGUUUUAUUGUGUAUUAAAAGUAGUAUUUCAAAAUAAGAGAAAAAUAGUGUAUAACUAUGAUACAUUUUCCUUGAGAAUAUCAUUCCUUUUGAUCUCCC